UAGUUUAAACAACAUGAAGGUUUUAGUAGUUCUCGCAGUUUUGGUGGCUUGCGCCCAAGCUGGUUCCCUUUCCAAUAUCGCCCAAAAGCUUAUCCCUAGCUUCUCGACCGGAUUUGUCAUCAACGGUCAUGAUGCUGAACCUCAUACCGCCCCCUAUAUUAUAUCGUUGAGCAGAAAUACCAACCACUCACAUAUUUGCGGUGGUACCAUCAUUGCCAAGGAUUGGAUAUUGACUGCUGCUCACUGCAUCAGUAAUCCCGUUGGCAUGGGUGUUGUAGCCGGUUUACACGAACGCCAGAACAUUGACAACAAGACUCAAUCUCGUGAAGUCGAUUGGGGAAAGAUCCACGAAAAAUACACUGGCGGUGUUGGUCCCUACGAUAUUGCCAUUUUGCAUCUUUCCGAACCCUUGGAAUACAACCAAUACGUUCAACCUGCUUCUUUGCCCGCCGUUGAGGAAAUCCACUCUGGAGAAACCCAUUUGUACGGUUGGGGUCAACCUAAAGCCUUCGUUUCAACUGGUUCCAAAAUCUUGCAAACUGUCCAAUCCGAAAUUGUUGAAUUCAACGCCUGCAAGGAAGCUUUGCCUGAAGAUGCUCCCAUUCAUGAGACCAACAUUUGCUCCGGCUCUUUGCAACAGGGAAUUUCUGCUUGCAACGGUGAUUCCGGUGGACCCUUGGUAGUUGAACAUAAAGGUGCUCCCUCCGAAUUGAUUGGCAUUGUUUCCUGGGGCUACAUUCCCUGCGGUUUGGCCAACUUGCCCUCCAUCUACACCCGUGUUUCCGCCUACAUUGAAUGGGUUGCCAAAAUCCAAAACGCUUACUACGUUUUAUUAUAUGUGAUAAGUACUAGCAAUAGUAUGUUUGUUAGUUUAAACAACAUGAAGGUUUUAGUAGUUCUCGCAGUUUUGGUGGCUUGCGCCCAAGCUGGUUCCCUUUCCAGUAUCGCCCAAAAGCUAAUCCCUAGCUUCUCGAGCGGAUUUGUCAUCAAGGGCCAUGAUGCUGCACCUCAUACCGCCCCCUACAUUGUAUCGUUGAGCAGAAAUACCAACCACUCACACAUUUGCGGUGGUACCAUCAUUGCCAAGGAUUGGGUUUUGACUGCUGCUCACUGCAUCAGUAAUCCCGUUGGCAUGGGUGUUGUAGCCGGUUUACACGAACGCCUGAACAUUGACAAUAAGACUCAAUCUCGUGAAGUCGAUUGGGGAAUGGUCCACGAAAAAUACACCGGUGGUGUUGGUCCCUACGAUAUUGCCAUUUUGCAUCUUUCCAAAGCCUUGGAAUACAACCAAUACGUCCAACCUGCUUCUUUGCCCGCCGUUGAGGAAAUCCACUCUGGAGAAACCCAUUUGUACGGUUGGGGUCAACCUAAAGCCUUCGUUUUAACUGGUUCCAAAAUCUUGCAAACUGUCCAAUCCGAAAUUGUUGAAUUCAACGCCUGCAAGGAAGCCUUGCCUGAAGAUGCUCCCAUUGAUGUGACCAACAUUUGCUCCGACUCUUUGCAAAAGGGCAUUUCUGCUUGCAACGGUGAUUCCGGUGGCCCCUUGGUAGUUGAACAUGAAGGUGCUCCCUCCGAAUUGAUUGGCAUUGUUUCCUGGGGCUACAUUCCCUGCGGUUUGGCCAACUUGCCCUCCAUCUACACCCGUGUUUCCGCCUACAUUGAAUGGGUUGCCAAAAUCCAAAACGCUUACUACGUUUUGCACUAAAUAUUGUGUUUAAUCGUUAUUGAAUUCAUAAUAAAAUAUAAACAAUGUAACCCAAAAAGGUUACACCCAUACAAAA